GUCAAGAAAUCUAACAGCUUUAUACAAAAUCACAAAAUAAUACUGUUUGUAAUAAUAAUAACAAUUCAAAUUAUUUAAUUGUACAUAACCCAUUACUUCGUGAUUUGAUUGGUCACGUAUUUCAGAUCAGUUGCUUAUUCGGCACACAAUAAUAAGCAAACGAAACAAAAUACUUAAAAAACUUAAAUUGAUCAGAAGAAUAUCAUUACGAUUUGAUCCACCACGUUGAUUCUCGUCCAAUAGCCAAACGCCACGUGUUCUCCCACUACGAACCAGACACGUGGGCCCGCUUUGUCACCACCACCAUCCCCCGCCCAAAUAUCAACCCCAGACGGUGGAUGCCUUCACAUAUCCACGAUGCUCCUCGGCGUACAACACAUAAAGCGCGACGUACAACCAACCAUGCACCAAUGUUCUGUUAGAUAACGACGUGAGGUGACGGCGUCAAGCUGUUCUAUAAAUGGGCGCAGCAGAAUCUCAGAAGCGCGAAAUCUGGAGAAAGGAGUCGUCGGAGGUUUUCAUUUUGAAGAGAAAUAGAAGUGCGUCGGCGACUCGCCGGAGCGUAUUCUCUUGAGGUUUUUGUAGCUUCAAUCUGCAUGAAGAGAAGAGGAGUAUGAAUUGAGGAUUUGGAGAUCAUUUCGGAAUUAUAAUUAUUCUCUCAAGUCCGGCGACGUAUUUUGUUGAAGAUUCAUCCUCGAGAUAACCCAAAAAAAGCCAGAAAGUGCCAGAUAACAGAAGAAGGUAAAAAUGUUGACGUGUAUCACAUGCUCAAAGCAAAAAAUGGAAGAUGACGAAGAUGACGGAGAGGAUGCCCCACGUAAAAAAGACCCUGUCAAAAGCCUCACUACACAGAUGAAGGACAUGGCAUUGAAGGCCUCAGGAAGUAGCCAUGGAAAGCCUCCAAGAACUCCAGGAAGCUACAAGAAGGGUCAAAAGUCGUACCCCCAUUUUGAAACGCUGUCGGGAGUGAUGCAGCCCGGAAGCUCAAGCUCUACGCCGGCCUGGGAUUUUACAAAUAGGAGCCACCACACUACUCGACCGAGCUCACAAUUCGACAGGAGAGACAGCGGACUCGGCCCCGAUGACGUGGUGCUGGAUGAAGAAGAUCACAAAGAAUGGACAGCACAAGUAGAACCCGGUGUUCAAAUUACCUUCGCAUCCCUUCCCAGUGGAGGGAAUGAUCUUAAACGAAUUCGUUUCAGCCGGGAGAUCUUCGACAAAUGGCAAGCGCAGAGGUGGUGGGGCGAGAAUUUCGAUAGGAUCAUGGAGCUCUACAAUGUCCAAAAAUUCAACCAGCAAGUCGCCAACACUCCAGGCAGAUCUGAGGACGGACGAGACUCGGCAUACUCAAGACUCGAGUCUGCCCGAGAGAGCCCUCGGAUGACUUCGGCAUCAAACAGAGAAUCAGUUUCCCAAUAUGGAGGCCAAAGGGGGGAAGCAUCAUAUAUGGAAUCAUCGAGGAUGACAACCUCAUCAUCAGUUUCUAUAAGCAAUGCUAGUGAGAUCGAGGCAGAGUGGAUUGAAGAAGAUGAACCAGGUGUGUAUAUUACCAUCAGACAACUCGUCGAUGGUACUAGAGAACUACGGCGUGUCAGGUUCAGCCGGGAGAAGUUCGGGGAGGUGCACGCGAAGCACUGGUGGGAAACUAACAGAGACAGAAUACAGAAUCAAUACCUUAGCUAACACAGUGGAGAGAACAAAAUGUGUCCUCACACUACAGGAUUGCGAUUUCUCACGAUUUUUUGUUUCAUUAAGACACAAAUUGUUUGACCAAGAACAAAAUCCGACUAAGCAAAAGCUAAAGAUGCAGCAAAUGAUAUCUAUAUAAAUAUAUA